UCUACAGCAUUCUUCUCUCUCCUCCUCUGUGAGGUGGGCUCAUUGAGGCGUUUCUGAGAAUACAGCAUCACCUGACUAUCUACCUGGCAUCGGCUUAUUAAGAACAGAUGAUGAUGAUAGAGGAGGAUGAAGCGGAGGCUCAUCAGGUGGAUAUGGAGUCGGAUUUGGUCAGCAGACCUCGCUCAUGCAGCUGGACGAACGACUUUUCAUGUGAGGUGAACGCGGAUCUGUCGCUUAAUCUCUCCAUAUUUAAAGUAGAUUCGGAUCAUGUUCCAUCACCAGCGUGCAAGAGGAGGAUGAUGAUGCUGGAUGCCGGAGGAUUUCACGACUUAACGGGAGCUGCGUUGCGCAAAACCAAGGCAUCCUCCCGGCGGAACGCGUGGGGAAACCAGUCCUACGCGGAGCUCAUCACCCGAGCCAUCGAGAGCACACCCGAGAAAAGACUUACCCUGUCUCAGAUCUACGACUGGAUGGUCCGAUAUGUGCCCUAUUUUAAAGAUAAAGGAGACAGCAACAGUUCUGCCGGAUGGAAGAAUGGUCUGUCCAGUGCUGCUUCAAGUCCAACACCUAUUGCGUUUUAUUAGGAGAUGCACAACAGUUCUUCUGUGACUUUAUAGG